CUUCCUCCUCCUCCUCUCCGGGCUGGGGCGGCGGGGGCAGCAGAAGGCGCGAUGCUGCCGGCGGCCCUGGCGCUGCUGCUGUUGCUGCUGCUGCUGCCGGCGCUGCCGGCACGGAGCGGGGCGCCGGGCGAGACUUUCAGCUCCAUGCUCAGCAUCCGCCGGGCGCUGGGCACGGAAGGGGCGCUGCUCCGCCACCUGCGCGCCUACCUGGAGGACGAGGCCGGCCGGCUGCGGGACCUCGACAGAUUCUACCAGAAGAUCCAGGAUUUGCAUCAGGGAUCGGGCAGCUCCCUGGAGAACCCCUUGAUGGCGUUUGCCCUGAUCAAGAGGCUGCAGUCAGACUGGAGAAACGUAGUUUAUAGCAUGGAAGGAAAUGAGAAUAUCCAAGUCCUGAAGAUGAACUAUCACCGAUUAGAAGACCAUCUACCACUCCUUGAAGAUCUCCAAGGAGCCAGCCGGGCCCUCCUACGGCUUCAAGAUGUCUACGCUCUGAGCGUCCCAGAAUUGGCCCGAGGCCGGUUUCGCACAGCGAGCGAGACCCACCCUGAGGUCUACCAUCCCAGCCAGGACUUCGCCUUGUCCGCCGAUGACUGUUUCCACAUCGGGAAGGUGGCGUAUGAUACGGAGGAUUAUUACCACGCGAUCCUGUGGAUGGAGGAAGCCGCCAGGCUCUUCCGGAGCUCCUACGGGAACUGGAAGAUGGAAGACGAGGGCAGCCUGGAAGAUGCCCUGGACCAUCUGGCCUUCUCCUACUUCAUGGCAGGGAACAUUUCUCACGCCUUAAGGCUGUCCCAAGAAUUUCUUCACUACGAUCCAGGCAAUGAACGGAUGGCGAGGACCGUCUUGAAGUACGAGAAGCUUCUGAGGAAGAACCGGAAGGAGGGCGAAGAAAGGGUCCCUUUGCAGAGACCCAACGUGACCCACCUGGAGACGCGAGAGGCCUACGAGAAGCUCUGCCAGAGGCUGGGGUCUCAGCCAGCCCACGAUCGACUCUCUUGCUCCUACGAGGCCAAUCGGAGCCCUUGGCUGAUCCUGCAGCCUCUGAGAAAGGAAGUUUUGCACCCGCAGCCUGAGCUGACCCUGUACCACGAUUUUGUCAGCCCAUCGGAGGCAGAGAAGAUCAAGGCCCUGGCAGCUCCGGGGUUGCAGAGAUCAGUGGUGGCUUCCGGGGAGAAACAGGAAGAAGCAGACUAUCGGAUAAGUCAGAGUGCUUGGCUGAAAGACAGCGUGGAUCCCGUGAUCGGGGCUAUGGGUCGGCGGGCUGCGGCCUUAACGGGCCUGAAUACCCAGCACCCUUACGCGGAAUACCUCCAGGUGGUCAACUAUGGGUUGGGAGGCCACUACGAGCCCCACUUCGACCACGCGACGUCCAGAAAAAGCCCCCUGUAUCGGAUGAAAUCUGGAAAUCGAAUAGCUACAUUGAUGAUCUAUCUGAGUUCAGUAGAAGCCGGAGGAUCGACUGCCUUCAUUUAUGCCAAUCUGAGCGUGCCGGUUGUGAAGAACGCGGCUCUAUUCUGGUGGAACCUGCGUAAGAACGGGCAAGGGGACGAGGACACCCUCCAUGCUGGAUGCCCAGUCCUAGCUGGAGACAAGUGGGUGGCCAACAAGUGGUUCCACGAACACGGGCAGGAGUUCCACAGGCAGUGCAGCACCAACCCGGAGGAAUAGCCACACACACACCCUCAGGGUGCUCGGCGGGGGCGUGACGACGACGAGGAUGUGUCUUGCAGCUGGGUUGGGGAUGCGUAAAGAAAAUCUGAACAUCUGGCAGAGGCAUGGAGGCAGAGAUGGUUGGGGGAGCUGGGCAGAGUCAAGGCAGGUCCGAGUUUUAUUUAUUUAUCUUGAGGACUAGCAGGUUGGGAGAAAUAAAAAAGUUUGGGCUGCCGUGGAGAAGCCCACGCACAAGGGGGGGGGGGGUACCAGGUCACAGAAGUGUCCUUGCCACCUUCGCUCUCCCGAGACGAGGGAUGAGAAGAGCCGGGGAUAUUCUGGGAUGUGCCCCCAAAUGGCGGAAGUGGGUAGAGCUAGCGCUUGACUUACGACGGAUCCCCAAAAUGUCAUUGCUGAGCAAGGCAGCUGUUAAGAGAAUUGCGCUCCAUUUGACGGCCUUUGUUGCAGACGUUUCGUGACCCAGCUAGGGAACAUCAUCAGUGCAAACCCCCUUCGCUUCUAGCACUGAUGAUGUUAGGUAGUUGGGUCAUGAAAUGUCUGCAAGAAAAAAACACCCAGCU